CAAAAGCCUGAUGGUGCUGCUGCAAGUGAGAGAAACCGCACAGACGGCGAAGCAGCAGCAGCAGUUGCGUGCCAUGGGGAGAGCGGAGCGCCUGUAGAGACGUGGGAACCCAUGCCAGGUCAGCGUCAGCUCGGAGUCUGACAGAAGUUCGACAUACGGGUUUGACUUGUGGAGAAAAGGAACCAGCUGGUCGGGCACAUCAAGGAGAUAAAACUACAUCAAUGAAGACACCUGGCAUGGCGGUAUUCAAGCAGCAGCAUAUCGAGGAUUUCUAUGAACUUGGAGAACAACUAGGAAGUGGGCAGUUUGCAGUGGUCAAACGCUGUGUAGAAAGGAGUACUGGCGUUGAAUAUGCAGCCAAGUUCAUCAAGAAGCGCCAGAGUCGGGCCAGUAGACGUGGCGUAAAAAGAGAGGAGAUCGAGAGGGAAGUGAACAUCCUGCAGCAGCUCCAGCACAACAACGUUGUUGCGCUGCAUGACGUGUACGAGAACCGCACGGAUGUGGUGCUCAUACUUGAACUGGUGUCCGGGGGAGAGCUGUUUGAUUUCUUAGCUCAGAAGGAGUCGCUCAGUGAAGAGGAGGCUACUCAGUUCAUGAAACAGAUCCUUGAUGGAGUCGAGUACCUCCACUCCAAGAGGAUCGUACAUUUCGAUCUGAAGCCUGAAAACAUAAUGCUGCUGGACAGGAAUGUCGCUCUACCCCGAAUCAAACUCAUAGACUUUGGACUGGCUCACAAAUUAGAAGCCGGGGCGGAUUUCAAAAACAUUUUUGGAACUCCUGAGUUUGUUGCUCCAGAGAUAGUCAACUACGAGCCUCUUGGCUUGGAGGCCGACAUGUGGAGCAUUGGAGUCAUCACAUACAUACUUUUGAGCGGCGCGUCGCCGUUCCUGGGUGACACCAAGCAGGAGACCCUGGGAAACAUUUCGGCGGUGGACUACGACUUUGACGAAGAGCUCUUCAGCAACACCAGCGAGCUGGCCAAGAGUUUCAUCAGGCAGCUACUGGAGAAGGACACGAGAAAACGGAUGACCAUUCAAGAGGCCCUCGACCAUCCCUGGAUUAAGCCUCUGAAUCCCAGACAGGCCUUGGUCAAGAGGUUGUCCGUGGUCAACUUGGACAACUUCAAGAGACAGUAUGCCAGACGCAGGUGGAAGCUGUCGUUCAGGAUUGUGGCUCUUUGCAAUCACCUAACGCGGAUCAUGAAGAAGGGGCCCAAAGAACUUGAGCAGAAUGGGAGGGAUUGUGAAAGUGACCAAGAAGAAGAUGUCCUGAAGAGGAGGCCGAGGAGCAGAAAGAGAAGCAGCACUUCCUGAGACCAAGUGUCAACGGUGUUGUGGUUGCUAAACGGUGACUCUGCGACGCACACUCUGAAUCUGUUAUGUGUCGCCAAGAGUCAUCUCGCGGUAUCUUCUUUUCUUGAGUGACUGUUGGAAAUGCAGCAUUUUAGAGAUAUUCUGCCAAUUCUAAAUUCAUGCUAACCUGACAUGAGAAGACGUAACUGGAGUAUUGUUGACAGGAAACGAGGGGCCACAAGCAUGUCCGCAAGAAUGUAGGCAGCUUCCUCCUAUGACUGCAGUCCUCAAAGUCCCUCAGCUGUUAGCAUCCAAGUAUUGACAGAGGUAUAUUAUUUUAUUUUUAUCAGUUAGGCUGAAUCCGAAUACAGUGAAGACAGUGAGCUAUCAUGCCCGAUGUAGCAAUAAUCACAUUUCAUCGUGUGCACAGACAGAAAAGAGAUUCACCAGUUGGAUUUCUAUUGUUGGAUUCUGAUGUAUUAAUCGUGUAAAUAUAAUAUCAGCCAAAUGUCUUAAUUUCACGGUAACGCAUAUCUUAAAAUGAUCAUACCGUUUUUCUCUUCACUUGUAUGUAUUGUAAAUUUACAUUUUGUUUAUUAAAUUACUGAUGAUGACGUUUUCUUUGAGUCUGUCACAAUAAAAAAAAAUGAGAAUAUCUCAUUAUUCUCGGGAUACAAGUGAGAGCUAUUAAACCUUUUUUCUUUCAGGACAAUGACAUUAUUAUACAGUCUCUUUAACAGCUGUGAUCAGGAUGUCGGGCUAAAAAGUGACGCAGCAUACAAAUAAUGCCCAAAGACGUCUUUUAAAGACAACCAUGAAUGUGCUGUUCUUUCAAUGUGAUUCCAAAGCCAAUGUUCCUGUCAAACUACAGUAACCCUAUAAACGUCAUCCGAUCGUCAGUGGCCCU